CUCUCACCAUGUUUGUGUCUGUGCUGCUCCUGUGGAUAUGUCUCUGCUUCUUGUUGCUUCAGUUCAAAUCUCAACGGCCCAAAAACUUCCCUCCUGGACCUUUGGCUCUACCAUUUUUAGGGAAUGCACUCAACUUAAGCCUUGAGAACCCUCUGAAGUACUUUGAAUCGUUGAGGAGGACUUAUGGGAACAUCUACAGCCUGUACUUGGGGCCCAGAGCUGUUGUGGUUGUGAGUGGGACCCAGGCUCUGAAGGAGGCUCUGGUUAAUAAGGGUGUAGACUUCGCUGGACGACCUCAGGACGUGUACAUCAAUGCACUUGUAGAAGAAAAAGGUGUAGCUCUGGCUGAUUAUGGUCAAAAAUGGAAGGAGCAUCGUCGCUUUGCUUUGAUGACCAUGAAAAACUUUGGUCUGGGUAAACAGUCGAUGGAGCAGAGGAUUCUGGGAGAACUGCAGCACACCAUCAAUAAACUGGAGAAAAACACAGGUAAAAGUCUGAGUGCUCAAGUUAUGUUUCACAACAUCGCCUCCAACGUGAUCUGCCUUGUUCUGUUUGGAAAACGAUUUGAAUAUGAUGAUGAGUUUAUCAUAAAAUUUGUGAAGAAUUUCACUGAGAAUUUUAAAAUUCUCAAUGGACCUUGGUCUUUUCUGUAUGAUUGUUUUCCCUGCAUUCGCUGCUUGCCAUUACCAUUCAAAGAAGGUUUUAAGAGAAUGCAGACACUAAAAAGCAUGACUUAUUCUAUAAUAAAUGAGCACAAGAAGACCAGAUUUCCAGGACAACCUCAGGAUUUGGUCGAUUGCUAUCUGGAUGAAAUGGACAAGAGAAUCAAUGACGGCACAUCAUUUUCUACAGAAGAACUGCUGAUGUCUUGUCUCAAUCUACAUUCUGCGGGCACCGACACCACAUCUAACACACUGCUCACUGGAUUCCUCUACCUUAUGACCAAACCUCACAUCCAAGAGCGCUGUCAGCAGGAGAUAGACAGAGUGCUGGAGGGAAAGGACUGUGUCACUUUCGAUGACAGACACAACAUGCCUUAUGUCCAGGCUGUGGUGCAUGAGAGUCAGAGAGUGGCUGACACUGUCCCUCUGAGUGUUUUUCAUGCGACCACCAGAGACACAGAGCUGAUGGGCUACUCCAUUCCCAAAGGCACUAUGGUCAUCCCCAAUCUGUCGUCAGCGCUCAAUGAAGAGGGACAGUGGAAGUUUCCUCAUGAAUUCAACCCUGAAAACUUUCUCAACCACAAGGGGGAGUUUGUCAAACCAGAUGCCUUCCUGCCCUUCUCUGCUGGAUUUGCUUAUACAGCUCAUGCCACAGACAUGUCUUUCCAAUCUCUAUGAAUUCCUUUGCGUGUCUGGGCCCAAUCCGACCCAAAACAAAUGAGCAUACACUUUAUGGUGGUAGAAAGUCAGCAGGAGCGGAGGGACACAAUUUGCACAGUGUGGUCCUGCAGCCCAGACAGAAAUCUAGAAGCAAGACUACCUGGACAAGUAAUAAAGAAUCAGUAUUCAAAGCACCGAUAUAUUACAUGCACAUCCAAGGAGGGAUUCUGUUUUCUAUUCUAUUUUUGUCCAGGUCCUCGAGUGUGUCUGGGAGAAGGCCUGGCCCGAAUGGAGCUCUUCCUCAUCAUGGUGACUCUUCUGAGGAGGUUUAAGUUCAUUUGGCCUGAGGAUGCAGGAGAGCCUGACUAUG